UCUGGGACGACUUGCUCCGCAAUCCUUUGCAGGGAGGAGCAGCGGGGAGCAGGGUGCUGGUGACCACCAGGAACGCAGGGAUCGCGAGGCAAAUGAAGGCGGCCCACGUCCACGAGAUGAAGCUGCUGCCUCCGGAGGAUGGCUGGUCGCUCCUGUGCAAGAAGGCGACGAUGAAUGCAGUGGAGGAAAGGGAUGCCCAAGAUCUCAAGGACACAGGCAUGAAGAUUGUUGAGAAAUGCGGAGGGCUUCCCCUGGCCAUCAAGACCAUCGGAGGGGUCCUCUGCACCCGAGGACUCAACAGAAAUGCGUGGGAGGAAGUCCUCCGCAGCGCCGCAUGGUCACGGACCGGGCUUCCCGAAGGCGUGCAUGGAGCACUGUAUCUGAGCUACCAAGACUUGCCGUCCCAUCUCAAGCAAUGCUUUCUCUACUGUGCCUUGUUCAAAGAAGACUAUAUGUUUCACGGACCUGAAAUCGUCAGAUUAUGGAUAGCCGAGGGGUUUGUCGAAGCACGAGGAGAUGUCAGCUUGGAGGAAACAGGGGAGCAAUAUUACAUAGAGCUGCAUCAUAGGUGCCUUCUACAAUCGCUGCAACCUUUCAGUCUGGACUACCAUAAUUAUUCCAAGAUGCAUGACUUGCUGCGAUCGCUCAGCCAUUUCCUAUCGAGAGAUGAUAGCUUGUGCAUUAGUGACGUGCAAAACGAGUGGAGAAGUGGUGCCGCCUCGAUGAAGCUGCGUCGGUUGUCGAUUGUGGCCACUGAAACCACGGACAUCCAGCAUAUCGUCAGUUUGACCAAGCAGCAUGAGUCGGUGAGGACAUUGUUGGUGGAGAUAGCAAGGGGCCAUGUGAAGGAUAUAGAUGAUUACUUGAAGAACUUUGUGAGACUUCGAGUCCUGCACCUUACUUACACAAAAAUCGAGAACCUACCGCACUACAUCGGAAGUUUGAUACACUUGAGAUACUUGAAUGUGUCUUGUAGCGAUAUAACGGAGCUUCCAGAAAGCAUAUGCAAUCUGACGAAUUUGCAGUUUUUGAUCCUCAGAGGAUGUGAUCAGUUGAGACAUAUCCCCCAGGGUAUGGCUAGGCUAUUCAAUCUAAGGGUACUCGAUUGUACAUACACACGGCUGGAGAGCUUACCAUGUGGAAUAGGAAGGUUGAAGCACCUCAAUGAACUCGGAGGAUUCGUGAUGAACAUGGCUAAUGGUACGUGCCCAUUGGAAGAAUUGGGCAGCCUCGAUGAGCUUAGAUACCUCUCCAUUUACAACUUGGAGAGAGCGUGCAUGGAAGCUGAACCGGGAAGAGAUACGAGCGUCUUAAAGGGUAAACAAAAACUGAAGAAUCUACAUUUACAUUGCUCAUCCACACCGACAUCCGAUGGUCACACUGAGGAACAGAUUGAAAUAAUCGAGAAGGUGUUGGAUGUGGCACUUCAUCCACCAUCAUCUGUUGUUUCGCUCAGUUUACACAAUUUCUUCGGCCUCCGGUACCCAAGCUGGAUGGCGUCUGCAAGCAUCAGUUCGCUUCUUCCAAACAUAAGACGCUUGGAACUAAUUGACUGCGAUCAUUGGCCACAGCUUCCACCACUAGGCAAGCUCCCCAGUUUGGAGUUUCUUAAAAUAGGAGGUGCACGUGCAGUGACCACCAUCGGACCGGAAUUUUUUGGGUGUGAAGCUGCUGCUGCUUCUGGUCAUGAACGGGAACGGAAUUCAAAGCACCCUUCUUCUUCUUCUUCUUCUUCUCCCCCUCUUAUGUUGUUUCCGAGACUAAGGCAGCUGCGACUCGCGGAUAUGAUUAACAUGCAAGUGUGGGAUUGGGUAGCGGAAGGUUUUGCUAUGGGUCGCCUCAACAAAUUGGUCCUCAAAAAUUGCCCCAAGUUGAAGUCUCUACCGGAAGGCCUGAUCCGACAGGCAACCUGCUUAAACACAUUGUAUCUGACCGAUGUGUGCGCUCUCAAGUCCAUCAAAGGUUUCCCUUCUGUGAAAGAACUGAAAUUAAGUGGUGAAUCAGAUCUGGAGAUUGUUGCUGAUCUCCCUGCACUGGAAGUCUUGUAUUUGGGCCUGUUUGGGAGUCGCAACAAUCGUUUACCAGAGUGGUUGGCGCAACAAUCGUUUACUACGUUCCAGAGACUGGACGUAAGUGGAACCACCCAACAACUCGUCAGAUGCCUCCAAAAUGGCGCAGACUGGCCCAUAGUCAAACACUUUCCAAUCUUUUCCAUCGAAGAUUUACGAGGCAAUUAUAUAAACUACAACAAGCAUUCCUGCACCUUCGACACAAACCUAGUCGAUGAUGAUGCUGUUUUUGCUGCUGUUGCUGCUGCCGAAGAAGAAGAAAAAAGAAGAAGACAUCAAUGAUCUUUGAGGGAGAUCGACAUAAUUCACGAUGUAAUUGGCAGUCAUGUCUAAUAUGAUCAUUGCAAAUGGAGCUGACCAUUGUCUGUCUGUUUCCUCGACUUCCCUCACCUUCUUAUACCUGUAGCCCUUUUUUCUAUGGUGAUUAAUUCAAUGCUGUCUAUGUUGGCAGUGAAAUGUCUUGAUCAGAGUAUUUGUAGCAUGUCAUUGGUUUUGGAAUGUUAGAUCCGAAAAAAGAUU